AUGACCACCGAACUGCAAGUUGAUGCCGAGGUGACACUCUCACCUCCAUCCACCUUCCUAUCACCAUGCUCAAAGUUCCGCAUCCUGGUGCUGGGUAAUCCGGAAGCUACCAAACAGGAGCUGUUUUCCAAGGUUUUUGGAGUCGAGCUUGAAAAGAGACUAGUCUCGGACACAUUUGAUCCCAAACACAACAUCGAGUCCGAGUUGGAUCUCCAAGGUCAGAACGACCGUCUGGCUGUUCACGCCUCGCCAAAUUUUCUGAACGGCGAUCAGAAGAAUUACAACCGAGUGCUUGAGUUCUUGUCCAGGAGAUCGGCCUCCGCCGACUACACCGAGCAUGUACACAUGAUUUGGUACUGUGUAUCAACCAGCGAGGAGGAUCGAGGCAUCUCGGAUCUGGAGAAGCACUUUUUCACACAAGACAUCACCUCGGUCCACGUCCCAGUCGUGUUGGUGUACACCAAAUACGAUGAGUUUGUGAGCCGGGUCAUGUUGGAGUGGAUGAAAGGGGCUGGAUCUACCGAACGCGGUGUUUCCAAGGUUGCGGUUGGCCAUAUUCUCAAAGACAUAUCUUCCAAGAAGUUUGAAGAGGAUAUUGGCCGCCAUUGGAACAUGAUACUCCCGUUUUCUAUUCCGAGAGUCUGUGUGUCUUCUGGUGACGAGGAUGAUGAUAUUCGCAGCUUUCAACAGCUGGCAAACAGUACAUUAGUCAGCUUGAAGGGAGAGGCGGACGUCAAGCUUGCUUUUGCCACAGCACAGAGAAGUUCCCCCGUCAUCUCGACCCAAUUCUGCGCCGAAGCAGCCACAGACUACUACGAGGUCGACACUGGCCACGCCCGCAAGAUCCACGGCGUCGACAUGCGCGACAUCCUCCCCAACUUCUUCGCCAAAGCCGCCCAGAUCUUCAACCUCCGUGACCCCUCCUCGGUCCUCACCGACCCCUUACUGCUCAACCGCGUCCUCGACUCAACCUUUGGCACCCACCAAAAGCCCCUCCUGGCCGAGUCCCUCCGAAGAAGCGGGACCGAAUCCGGCAACAUCCUGCUCUCGCUCUCCCCUCACGAACGCGCAGUGUUGCUGACCCAAGCCCUCUCCGGUAUCGUUCUUUUCCUACAUAUGCUCGCCGACAGCCAAUGGUCCCACGCCGAGACGUUACCUACAUUAGCCCCCUUAUCACCAGGGUACACCUUUUCCACGCCCACAACCCCCCACUUCCCAUCCCACUCCGGCUCCGUCAACACAGACCUCAGCCAGCGGCAAAUUUCGCGCGAGCUGGAGGACCUCCGGCUCGGGACGGGAAAGUCCAUCCUGCUCGACACGAUCGAGUCCUCGUCCAUCUUCACCGAGUGUCAGCUGAAGCAGGACAUCUCCGAGCUGAUCCUCAAGGCGGUCACGCUGGCGGAAAAGUCAGAGAUCACCGGCGCGGGGGAGAAUAACUACCGGUUUGCGUACCAUCAGCAUCAUGAUGCCAUGUUCUUGGAGGGGGGCUACGGGGGUGAUGAGGAUGGGGUGGGGAAGGGGACGGCGAUGGGGGAUAGCUUGAGCGCGGCCGACAUGAUUAGGGAUAUGUCCAUGACGUUUGUGAAUGAUAACAAUGAGCUUAGGGAGGGGACGGCGGGGGAGGGGAAGGUGAAGCUGGCGUGUGGGUUGACGAUUUUGCCUUUGAACUGAUUUUGUGAAGAAGGGGUUCUUUAUUGGGGGUGUGGGUUUGGGCUUUGGAAUGGUAUUACAUCGCAAUGGCGUUUCUUUUGUGGGGUUUGGAUAGGGUUUAACGGUACAUACAUUCCUGAGACUAGUUUCGUUUCAUACAUUCAAAGGAGUUUUGUGAUUCAAACUGGUGUCAAGAGAAAAGGUACCUUGGUCCAUCACUGAGCUCGCAGUGAAGCUCACUGUCAUUCAUCUCAUGAAAAUAUAUACACUGAUCUGAGCAUCCUCCAUAUACACUGCACUUUCGCGC